AAAAGAACCUGUAACAUGGCAGCUAAAAGUUUAUCUCUGGAUGAGGAGCUCAUUUGCUCUGUGUGCUGUGAGAUCUUCAAGGAUCCUGUUAUUCUACCAUGUAGUCACAGCUUCUGUAGAUCCUGUGUGCAGCAGUACUGGGACCAGAAGAGCUCUAGAGAGUGUCCUGUGUGUAGAAGGAGGUCCUCUAUGGAAAAUCCUCCUGUCAACCUGGUUUUGCAGAAUAUUAUAGAGUCCUACUUCAAGCAGAAAAGUCAGUCAGAGGCUGUGGAGAAAACUGAGUCUCCAGAGAAGAGUGAAUCUCGCUGCAGUGUCCAUGGAGAGAAGCUCUUGUUCUUCUGUGAGGAUGACCAAGAAGUUCUCUGUGUCGUGUGUCAGACUUCAAAAAAGCACAGAAACCACCAGCUCUGUCCAGCGGAAGAGGCUGCACUGGAUAUAAAGGAACAACUCAAGACUAUGCUGAAACCAAUAAAAGAAAAACUGGAGAAGUUCAAUGAAGCUAAAAAACAGUGUGAGGAAACAGCGAAACACAUAAAGAAUCAGGCUCAACACACAGAGAAACUGAUAAAGGAGGAGUUUGAGAAGCUCCACCAGUUCCUGCGAGAUGACGAGGAGGCCAGAUUGGCUGCACUGAGGGAGGAAGAGGAGCAGAAGAGUCAGAGGAUGAAGGAGAAGAUAGAAAACAUCUCCAAAAACAUCUCCACCCUGUCAGACAGAAUCAGAGACACUGAGGAAGAUCUGAACAAUGAAGACACCAAAUUCCUGAUGACCUUCAAGAGCACACAACAAAGAGCCCAGUGUGAAGUGCAGAAUCCAGAGGUGCUUUCAGGGGUGCUGAUAGAUGUGGCCAAACACCUGGGUUCUCUGAGCUUCAGAGUCUGGGAGAAGAUGCUGCACAUUGUCUCAUACACUCCUGUGACUCUGGACCCCAACACUGCUCACCCAAAACUCUCUGUGUCUGAUGAUCUUACCAGUGUGAGAGACACUGGAGUCAAAAAGCAGCUUCCUGACAACACAGAGAGGUUUUAUCGCUGUGUCAAUGUGUUGGGCUCUGAGGGGUUUACUUCGGGAAAACACAGCUGGGAAGUGGAGGUGGGAAACAAACCAAAGUGGACUGUAGGAGUGGUGAAAGAGUCCAUCAACAGGAAGGGAAACAUUUCAUACAGUCCAGAAAAUGGAUUCUGGGUUGUAAUCCUGAGGAAUGGAAAUGAGUAUAAGGCCUGCAGCUCACCACUAAAAUAUCUCACGCUGAAGAAGAAACCCCAGAGGAUCCGGGUUCAGCUGGACUAUGACAGGAGGAAGGUGUCCUUCUUCAACCCCACUGACAUGUCACACAUCUACACUUUUACAGACACUUUCACUGAGAAACUGUUUCCAUUUUUCUCUCCUUGUUUAAAUGAAGAUGGAACAAACCCUGGAGCUAUGAAGAUCUGUCCAGUGAAGGUGUCUGUAACUGUGAAUGAAAUGUAAUGAAUGUUGUUCAAACUACUGAACUGAAAUAUUACCGUAAACGUUCAUUUUGUUUCCACACAAUACUUUUCACUUGUGAGAAAUGUAAAUGUGAUCAGAACAGCAAUAAACUUGUA